AUGAUAUUACCCCCAGCCUCGUUCAUAGACUAUCUGUUGGCAGCAUGUCUGGCCUCCGCCCUGAUAGUAUGGCAGACCGGGAUCCUGACAACCGUCAGGGUCGUGUUCGCGUCUGCGGUCGAUGCGUGCCGGGCCGUCAUCAUCCUCAUCAAGGACCGCGGGGGCAGCGGUGUGUCUCGCGACGCCGCCACCGCGUCGUCCACGCAACGCAGCCCCCGCCGCCGUGACACCUUUUCGACAUUCGAGCGUCUCUUUCUCCGGCUGCUGCGCUACGGGUUCACGACGCUCCCGCUGCCGGUCCUGAGGGUGGCCAUGUCGCGGCCGUUGGGGUACGCGCUGCUGAGGUGGCGCAUGGCCAGGUGCGGCCGCUGGGGCUUUGGCGACGUGUCCGUCGAGCCUCAAGUGCUCGAACAAGGUGAAACCAAAACACAAGGGAUCUGGAUCAGGCAGGACAAGGAAGAGACACGCCCGGAUGUCAUCGUGUACUACCUCCACGGGGGCUGCUUCGCCGUCGGCUCGUGCUACUUCUACCUCGAAUUCCUCCUCGCCAUGCGCCACCUCCUCAAGGAGGAAGCCGGAUUCGCCAACCCCGCCGUCUUCGCGCUCGAGUACGCCCUGGCCCCCGAGCGGGCCUUUCCCGCGCAGCUGCACGAGGCGCGGCUCGGGUACGAGCACGUCCUGGGCGUGGCGGAGGCGGCGGCGGGGGACGGCGAUGAUUCCAGGGUCUGCGUCAUGGGCGACUCGGCGGGCGGCAUGUUGGCGCUCAGCCUCUUGCUGCAGCUGGCGGGGGAGGCAGACGAUGAUGGUAAUGAUGAUGAUGGCGAGAGUGACGACGACGGUACGGGCCUUCGUCGUCGACAUGCCAAGGACCGUUGUGCUGCUUCUGCUUCUUCUUCUGCUGCUGUUGCCUCUGGACAGGAGCAGGCGCCGGCGCUGAAGAAGAAGAAGACGAGGAACCACAAGAAGAAGGAGUACAACAACAAGAAGCCCCGCGCCGCUGUGCUGCUCUCCCCGUGGGUAACCCUAACCUCCCCCACACUACACCAAACCUCCGACAUCGAUUACCUGGACAGGGAGACGCUGUGGCGCUUCGGCGCGGCCUACGCGGGCUCUGCCGCCGCCGCCGCCGGGCAUGUCGACGCGACAAGCGUUGCUGCUACCGCGUCUCCGGGGCUGUGCACUUCCCAGAGGUUGUGGACGGCCGCGGGUCCAGACGCCGGCUACAUGGUUCUCUACGGCGAGGACGAGACGCUGGCGCCGGACAUCGCCGCCUUCAUCGAGAAGCAGAGGGGAUACGGGGUGCCGGUCGAGGCGGCGUGUUCGCCCGGCGGGGUUCACGCGUGGCCGGUGCUGUCGCUGCUGUUGUCAAGCACCGGGGAGAGGCGUCUGGAAGGACUGCGGGAUAUCGUCUCUUAUAUCGGCAAGUCGCUGCCUGUAGCAGCAGCAAAAGGACGGUGACCCCAUGUGGUGCGCGUUGCUCGCGAGAGAGUGGCCAUGCCAUCAUCCAUCUUAUCUGCAUGCUGUCUUAUUGAAUGCCGUCCAGGUACGUGCGUGCUCAGCAUAUGCCAGGCAGUCGUACCUGUUGCUCUAUGUACCAAGUUGCCACGGGA